UACGAAUAUCGACUAAUCGGAACACCAGCGAUUUUUUUACGUCUGACGGGGACAACAUGUGGGUUGUGUAUCUAUGUAAGCAGUAGGUGUGUUUCAAGUUUAAAUAUUGCACAAUGUGGAAGGCGACUGCUGGACAAAAUCUACAGAUAGCUGAUGGAAAUGACGAUGACUGGGAGACAGACCCAGAUUUUGUUAACGAUGUUACUGAACAAGAACAGCGAUGGGGAUCCCGAACAGUUGAAGGCUCAGGAAGAACUGUUGGUGCAAUAGAUAUGAAAAAAUUACGUGAAGAAACUGCAGAGGCAGAUGCAGUCCUUAAACAAAGACAGUUGGAAGAUGGACCCAAAGCAGCAUUUGGCUAUGGAGGGAAGUUUGGAGUGCAGAAAGACAGGAUGGAUCAGUGUGCUGUUGGACAUGACUAUGUUGCAAAAGUAGAGAAGCACGUGUCCCAGAAGGAUUACAGUGCAGGCUUUGGGGGCAAAUUUGGAGUGCAGAAGGAUCGGAUUGACAAGAGUGCAGAAGGUUGGGAAUAUAAAGAGAAAAUUGAAAAACAUGCGUCACAAAGAGACUACAGUUCUGGAUUUGGUGGGAAGUUUGGAAUUCAGGCAGAUCGACAGGAUAAGUCUGCAGUUGGUUGGGAUUAUGUAGAAAAGAUCGAAAAACAUGAGUCACAGAAAGAUUAUGCUAAAGGCUUUGGUGGAAAAUUUGGAGUUGAAACUGACAGACAGGACAAGUCUGCUUUGGGUUGGGAUCAUGUAGAGAAGACUGAAAAGCAUGCAAGUCAAAAAGAUUAUGCUGUUGGUUUUGGUGGAAAAUUUGGAGUCCAAGCUGACAGGCAAGAUAAGUCAGCAGUUGGUUGGGAUCAUCAUGAAAAUCUUCAUCAACAUGAAAGUCAAACGGAUCAUAAACAGGGAUUUGGUGGAAAAUUUGGACUCCAGACAGACCGAGUUGAUAAAUCAGCACAUGAUUUCAAUGCAAAACCAGAAAAAGUAGGAACAAAUUAUGAAAAAGUGAAACCAGAUGUUGGAUCUCUCAGGCCAUCCAACAUACGUGAGAAGUUCGAAAACAUGGCGAAAACUGAAGAACCAAAGCAAAAUAUUGAAGCAGAGCCCCGGAGUCCUAGUAACCAAAUAGUGAAAACUGAAGACCAUAUUAGAAGAGAAGCAGAGAUUUUGAAAACACAGCUGGUGACUCCCUCAGUACAUCACGGACAAGAAGAAGAAGAAAUUGCAGAACCACCUGACAAAGUGAGCCCACCUACACCAACAGUCAUGACUACACAGAACCCACUAAUUUCAGAGCCAGCAGUCACAAACCAGAGCACAGUUGCUGAUGAACAGCUGCUACCACCUACAAUAGAAGAUAAUCUGCAAUCAGAAAAUACUGCAUUAUAUGAAGUAGAAGAUACUGGCUAUACUGCAGUAGCAUUGUAUGACUAUCAAGCAGCUGCUGAAGAUGAAAUAUCCUUUGAUCCAGAUGACAUCAUUACAGGAAUAGAAAUGAUAGAUGAAGGUUGGUGGAGAGGGUAUUGUAGGGGACAGUAUGGCUUGUUCCCUGCUAACUAUGUCCAGUUGCAGUCAUAGUGAUGUGGGGCUAUAGUUCCGUUGUGAUCCCAUCAAAAAUUAUAUUGUACAGACUUUUAUGAGAAUGUGUUGACAUCUUCAUUCACACUGGGUAUUGGAUUUUAUGCAUACAGAGUAGAGGUAUCUUGAUUUUUUUUAAGUUGUUGUAGUAUACAUUUGUUCAGUAUUUUAAACCCUUUACAUUCUAAAUUGCUAAGUAAAAGAGCAAAUAAGUUUCAAGAAAACAUAUAUUUAUUUAUUUAUUAUUUCUGAUGUGUGUAAACUAGAUACACCGUAAUUUUUUACAGUAUAUCAUUUGUUAUCAAUUCCGAAUGAUUUUACUAAGAUUUUAUACCUUUCAUUUUUCACAGUUUUAUUUUUUAUUUUGAAGAUUUAUAAUGAAAGAAUGAAUGAAUGUGAACAAAUAAGUAUUACACUAAGAAGACUGUUUAUACAACAAUGGUUUAUCAUCUUGAAUUAAAAAAAAAAUUAGCUUGGUAUAUUCACUUCAAGGUGGUCACCUUUAAAAUGUAAAGUAAUAUGAAACCAGCCUGAGAAAUUCAAUGAAGUUUUAUUUGUAAUAGGACCUUCAACCUAUACAGAGUUUGAUAAAAAAAAUUAUGGAAUUUUUAUUUUCACCGAAAACUCGAGUUUCGCAAAAGUGGCAUAGAACUUCUUGGCACUUAGUGACUGUACAAUCUUGUUGCAAGAACUCAAAGUGCUCUACACCAUUGAGAUUGAAGAACACAGUGUGCACAACCUUCAAAUCCAGUUGAAUUUGAUGAGUUUUAUCUUCAUACACACACACACACGUUUCAUCACCAGUAAUGAUUCUUUUGAGCAGUUCUGGAUCAUGAUGAACUUCAUUCAUCAUCUCCUAAACAGUGUUCAAUUGGAAUUGCUUUUUGUCAGAAGUGACGAGCUGCUGAAUAAAUUUUGCUACCAUACAUUUCAUGCCUGAUACCUGCAAAAACAUUUUGCUUUAUGUUAGCCAAAUAAUUUGCAAACUUUGUCAUCAAUAAUCAUUUUCUUCAUUUUUUACAUUAUUUUUUGUUGUCUUCAGUGUGUUCAUGGCCAUUGUAUAAACAUUUUUACCAAUUGUUUUAUUCAUAGAAGUUCCAGCAAAAACAACAUUCAACAUUUCCAAUGUGGUGGUGCAAUUUAUAUCAUUCUUAAUGCAAAAUGUAAGCAAAUUCUUCAUUUCAUAUGUUAAAAAUCACCAAGCAUAUCAAAGCACACACAUCCUUUUCAGUGGCUAGCGACAAGGUAAGCUUCAGUGUCAUAUUAAAUCAGGGGCAAGUACACCACCAGAAAAUGUCACCAUUGAACGUGUACAAUCCCACACUUUCUUAAUCAAAGUUUAUAAACAAAUGCUUAAAAUUUCAUUAUAGUUGUGAUUCUUAUGAUUUUAAAAUCAGCAGAAAUAAGUGUAUUUUCUUUCUGCUUGCACCUGAAAUAAUAGUUUUUGCUUAUCUCUGUUUUUAGAAUCACAGGAAAGUCUUAUAAAACACUGAUAUCUUUACAAAUGGUGGCUUCCUUGCAGUGAACAUUUACAAAUUUCAGCUACAUUUAUGUUAACCAUGUAUAUUUAUGCAACACACUGAUCUUCUUAGAGUUACUUGAUAACUAAUCAUAUACAUCCUAUCCUACCUGAAAUGGAAGACAGACCUUACACUCCUCUGAAUUACUAACAUACGCAUGAAUGAUUUUCCAAAAGUACAUUGAAGAUACAAUCAUUAUAUAUGUAAGAUAUGGCAAGUACUUAAUUGAAAAGAAAGUGAUACUAUCUGUCAUUUUGAGUUGAGGUUACCUUUAUUAUCAGUACUUUAGGAAAUGAGUUAGAAGAUUUUAAGCAAUUGUAACUUCAGAUUAAACUGUUGCAAAAGAAACAGUAAUCGUUUCUUUUUAGAACAUAAUUGGUAAAACCAUUAAGGAUGUUGUCUUACAGCCAAAUAAGUUGGUAUAUUCAAUUAGAGUAACUUGAAAUGGCUAUGUGCUACUUUGCACAAUCAUAAAGAUGUUUUAAUAUUUUGAGUAAGUUGUUUACCAUACAUUGUCAUAUACAGUUAUUGAAUACGUUCUGUAACACAUUUUACUUGUGGUGGAGCAUAAGAUACAUAUGUUCAGAAACAGUACUUAGAGAAGCUAUUCUGUGGUGUUUAGAGACAGAUUAGUGAAUUUAUGCUACUCAAACAAUGGAAAGUCCAGGUUGGAAUAUCAACAAUAUUAUGAAAAGGAUAGAUUGUUACUCACCAUAAAUAUGACACGCUGAGUUGCAGACAGGGAUGAUGAUGACUGACUGCACCGCAGCGUGUCACCUAUACAGCGAGUAGCAAUUCUGUCUUUUUCAAAAUAUUCUUAAUAAAUGCUAAUGAAAGAUAAGACUGUUCAUAGUUGUAAUGAUAUGCUUAUAUGCAAGUAUACAAGUAAAGUUGCAUAAUUGAGUAGGAGAAAUCUAAAUUUUACACUGUAUAUGGUGGGGAAGGGGAGGCCAUUAAUAACGUGCAAUUGAGAAACACAGCAAGAAUUAUUGCUUAUGCUACUGCUGCCGUUAUUGUUAAUGGUAAUAGUGGCAGUAGAGAUUAAGCCUUUUUGUAAUUAUACAGGUAUUAAUUUUCAUGUUCUUUCAUCUCAAUGUUACGACUUCAAUUGAUUGAUUAUUUACUUAUGAAAAAAGGAAAAAAAACUUCUGCAGAGCAUAUCUUUCUUUUGCUAUUUCCACUCUCGAGUCAUUGUUUAACUUAUUUAUUGUGCUGCAUUAAAUAUAUUCACUUAAACACACAUACAUUCAAAAUAAUAACAGUGAUUGGGAUGAGCAAGAUCAUCGUAAAUAAGGUUAAAACAACAUGUGAGCAAGGGCAAUGCGAUCCUGUAAUACGGAGCCUAGAAUUGGUAACGAAUUCUGAACGUAGACGGGUAAGAAAGAGGCAAUCGGAGUCAUGAAACAAACAGCCAUAGUCAAAAUCCAAUAAUUUCUGUUGGUCUCAGGUACAGUAUGCACAAUUACACUCAUCUGAUUGACACAAAGUGUAAACAAAGAAGUGACAGAGAGCAGCCAUGUCAGCUGUUAUAUGCUAGCUGCAGGUCAUCCCACUAAUUUAUAUCUUUGUGUAAAUCAGUGACUGACUGCAAGCUGCCAUCCAGUAUUCAUGCCGAGGUUGUGAAACUGUAUACAUAUGGAAUAAAGCUCUUUAAAUCACUCGGUAUUCCUGAAUAUGAGCUUUGUGGAAAACAGUGUACGUGUGAAUGAAUGUAACUCUCUCAGCUUUGUGAGGCUGUGUAAGAAAGUGCUUGCUUAUGGAGGAACUCUGGCUUAUUGAUUGAUUUACUAGCUUGAAUGGCUUUAUGGGGAAAACAUCCUUCUCAAACACAACUUUUAAACUGUUUUGAAAAGUGUUUAAUACAGGCCGUAGACUUUGUAUGGGAAGUGGUAGUGAUAGUAACGAUAUGACUAUGUAUAACAUUUAUUUGCUUGACAACCAUAUAAGUGUAUUUUCCUAUUAUAUAACUUUUCCAUGUUGAGAACUCAGUAUACGAAAAAGAAGAUUUUUACUUUCUGUAUCCUAUUGUAUACAGGUGGAUCUUGCAUAUGUUGGUCAUGCUAGAGUUUUGAAACAUACAUAGUACUAGCGCUCACUGUGGAUGUUUGAAAUAGGAACAAGAAGAUACACUACCAUUCAUGUCAUGUAACCAAAGUCUCAUAAGUCUUCCAAUGAUUGGUAUUUAAUUGGAAGCCUGAAGAGUGGUAGAGUAAGAGAAUUGGAUCAUUGUAAAUGUGCCUCCCCCUGUCCCAUCUUUGUGUAUUUUCCAUAAUAUAGCAUAGUUUCUUCAGGCAUAGCAUGAUUAUCAUUUUUUAAAUCCAUGACACAACUGACAUUGCUGCAUGAAACAUUUAACAGCCUUCAAACACACUGAAAAUUAAAGAAGAAAUAGAUAACUGUCUAUCAAGGGGGUUGCAUGACUCCAGAUGUAUUUCUGUAAAUGUCAGAAAUUAUUUUCAUUGACCUGUAAUCAAAGAGUUUGUAACAUUCUUAUGUAAAUGGUUUUUGUAACAUUUUGUUCUUGGUGCUGUUACUGUCUUUUUUAUGUAGAUGUCAUUAUUGCAAAAGCUUUGUUGCUCAAGAUUGAAAUUGUAAGCCUUACUAAUAAAUCCAAACUGUUCAUUUUAGAGAAA